UACGAGCUGUCUUCCGGAUGGCCAGCACUGAUCUGUCAAAUUUGGACUUAGAAAAAAUUCGAGCAACGUAGCAUUCGGUUCGGUAUUCAACGUAUUCUAAACAGAGCAACAAGUGAAAAGCCAUGUAUCUAGACCCAAUGGAUUCUAAAAUAUUGGGAGUAUACUGCAGUGGAAAUUUUUCAUUUGACCAAGAAAGCAUACAACUUGAAGCUGAUGCGAUUAUGAAGGUUCAGCAUUUAAAUCUUGGUUCUUUAUUUGGAUUCAUUGUGAUACUACACUCGAGUAGCUGUUAAUGAGCUCGUACCAGCAUGAAUUUCUUAAAAAAAUCCAAAAUGGUGCUAAUUCACCAACGCCAUCAACAUCAAAACGCCCUACAAAAAACAACAAACCAAACACAAAGUCUUCUGAAACUUACCCCAUUAAUGUGCAGAAAAUACUACAUUUAAACGAAACAGGUUCUACCUCUUCGCAACACACAGUCGCGCCUAUUUCAUUGGAACAACACUCGGAAAAUGAAGCUACCAUAACUCCGAAAAAAACUAAAUUACACCAGCAAUCACAAACUUAUGAGAUGUCAGCAAAACUCCGUAAAAUUGAGGAAACCGGUGAUAGUAUUUCCCCGUCACUGUCUACGGAUACAGUUACGACUGCGAUGGGACAAAUUGCUAUUGAAAAUUCUGCUGCUUUGAGCCCUCCUGAAAUAUUUGGAAAAACCCCAGAAACCCAUUCCGAACCAACCUUCAUGCAGUUAAUCCUGCAAAAGCUUGAUAAUAUCGAACAAAGCGCAGUUCGCAAAGAACAGAUCGACCGAGAACUGCUCGAUGUGAGCAUUAAGACCAAAAAUAAGGUUAGCAGGCUUGAGAAGGACAUGGUUACGAUAAAAAAGGAGCUGGCGGAUAUCAAACGCAAUCGUGGCCAACGGAACGAAAACCUUCUCCCAAUAACAAGCGAAGAGUACCUCAAUCAGAUCGAGGAAAACUUUGCGGAAUACGAGGAGGACCUGCGUAAAUUGUUUGAAAGCAUCCCAUCGGUAUCUGCCUACGGACUGUACCGGCAUUUUUGCGACCCGUUGUUGGACCAUCUGCCCAAAUAUAAUAUGACGGGCAAGAAGGCCCCGAAUACGACGAAGCCAGAAAUUGAACCAAAAGGAGCUGAACAUUUGAACAUUUUUAAGCUCUUGUUGUCUGUCGGAAUCAACAGACACGGCUUGGACUUAGACGCGGGUCGUAAAGACAUGAUUAAAGCCUUCAAGACUUAUUAUGAUGCAGUUGAUAUGCGAUUGAAAAAAUUAAAUGCUAAGAAGUAACCCGUUAUUCUUGAAAUAAACUCGUUGUUACGUUCAAACAUAAAAUAAAAAUGUAACCUUCUAAGUAUAAGAAAACUACUCGUGUUUUUUUGCGUCAAUUUUUCAAAUGAUUAGUGUAAAUUGUUUUUCUCACUUUAGUCGAUUACGAGCAGUGGGGCCACGCGGUCGUUUGCGGGAAUAAUCUGAGUUUUAGCGUCUAUUUUUUAAGUGAAUAAUGUAAAUUGCUUUUCCCUCAUUAGUCAAUUACGAGCAGUUGGGCCACGCGGUCG